GGAUUUCAGAAUGCAUCACAGACCGAAUACAUUCCCCUGCACAUCUCUGGCAAGAGCCUCACCGUGACCGACGAGCGAGAGACCAUCCAGCAGAGCCUCAACAGCUCACAGUGUCUCACGGGAAAGUACGUCUCCCUCCGAUGCACAACCUGCGGGCAGAGGAUUUCUGGGCGGAUCAUCGGGGGAAAGGAAACCUCCGUGAGCAAAUGGCCCUGGCAGGUCAGCGUGCAGUACGGGCCCAUCCACAUCUGCGGCGGCACCAUCAUCGGCGCGCAGUGGGUCCUGACCGCUGCCCACUGCUUCUUCAUGAACAGCAUGAAGAUCCUCGACGACUGGAAGGUGUACGGCGGGGUCUCGGACCUCAAGCAGCUGGCAGAGGCCAUCCCUGUCUCCCAGGUCAUCAUCAACUCCAACUACAGCGACGAUCACGACGACUACGACAUCGCUCUCAUGAAGCUCUCCCGGCCGCUGACGCUCUCAGCUCAGGUUCGCCCGGCCUGCCUGCCCAUGUACGGGCAGCGAUUCCAGACCGGCAGGUCCUGCUUCAUCACCGGUUUUGGGAAGACCAGGGAGAAUGAAGAUAACACGUCCCCAAAGCUGCGAGAGGCCGAGGUGAAGCUGAUUGACUACAAGAUCUGCAACAGCGACAAAGUGUACGAGGGCUACCUGACCCCACGCAUGAUGUGUGCUGGGUACCUGCAGGGAGGGAAGGACGCGUGCCAGGGUGACAGCGGAGGACCCCUGGUCUGUGAGGAUGAUGGCCGCUGGUACGUGGCUGGGGUGACAAGCUGGGGCACAGGAUGUGGCCAGAAGAACAAACCCGGUGUCUACACACGCGUGACGAAGCUCCUCAGCUGGAUAUACAGCAAAAUGGAG